AUGGCCCUCGUGACCUUGCCAUUACCAUGGGAAAAAACCAAACCGCAUUGUUCUUCGAUAGUUAUCUACACAAUCAUUCUCAUCUGCAUCAUUUUCAUCUUCAUCACCGCAGUGGCGGACUGCCACAAGAAAACAUCUCAAAAGUCGGAAAAUUAUUUUCCAGUUUCAACUGCGUUUUCGUCAUCAUCCCUACAUUCUCAAAAUUCUUUUUCAUCUCUAUCGUCGUCAUCGCCCUAUGUAGAGUCGUUUAAUUCUUCAACAACGUCAUCUUCGUCGUCAUCAUUGCCAAGAAUCAAAAACAUAGAUCUCUACAAUUUGGAUGAAGCCAUCUAUCAUUUUUUCAUGUACAUGAACAACAUCGAGUUAUUCAACGUUGAGCGAGCGAGUUUACAGAAACAGAACGAAUUUCCAGGAGAACAAACUAUGUUCUUCGUUCAGUAA